GUUAAUAAACGGAAAAUGUCGGUCAUUCGGCUAUUCUUUGUUAACACUAAUCAGUUAUCGAUCAAAGAUAGAAUAUAUAAGUGUCCUACUUUAUGUAAUUUUUUUAAACGUAUAUAAAUUACCUUUCUUGAUCAUCUUGGCUCACCAGUCGUUUAUUCUAUACGACGAGAUGUCGACAAUUCAAACGCAUGCACAGACUUUAGCUUACGAGCAACAAAGAGCAUUUGAAAUUUUAUCCAAAGCGUUAGAAGCCCUUGAAGGAUACCUUGCCAAGACAGAUCGCAUGAUUAAUCGCCCACAAAUCUAUGGGACUAGUAAAUGGAUCAAGAGCGACAGUGGAAGUUCUUGGGAUCUUCAAGAAUGUUUUUUGAUUCAUUUGAACAUAUGCGGCAUAACUUUCUCUCACAGAAAUACGAAUUUUCCUACCAAGCAACUCGUAAGGCAACAAUUUUAUACAUGGCUUGCCAAUUUGUGGAAGGAUAUUCCCGCCGAACAAUGCCCACAGGACCUAGCUCAUUUUUUGAUUGAAAUACAUGAUGUGCUAGAUGGUGAUAAAAGCAAGAUCACCAAAGAAAAUAUAGAAUACGAUGCUAGUAAUAAUGAAACACAACCUUCAGCCGAAAUGUAUAAUGACUCCUUCUUUGAUUAUCAACAACAAAUUCAUAAAGUUGACUUACAAAAAGAAUCUUUGGGUAAUAAGACUUCUAGCGAAGUAGAACUGCAAGGAAAAUUUAGUGGAGGAAAAGAAGAAGAGGAGAAAGGAAAGAUUAUUUUUGAAAUAAUUGAAAAAAAAUACCGUAAGGAACAUAAAGCCUAUCCUUUAUUUAUUCCUUAUGAUAAAAGACAGCAACAAUCAUAUUUAAUUUGAAAAUGAUAAACUUCUUUGAAAUGAGGAUUCACCAAGAAAAAGUAUAGCUUUGCAAUUUAUAUCGAGAAAGGAGUCAGUAUUCCUUCUCUAAACUAUUUUAUACAAUAACAUUUCGUCCAUAAUGAGGCUUUUUAUCAAACAUGCUAUCACUUAUAUAUGUUUAUGGAUCUGUCCGCAUGGUAAUAAUGGCAAUAGAUGUGAUACAAUGUAUAUUAUUUUUUCCGUGUAUGAAAUAAAAAUGGACAAAAUUUUUACUGUCACAUUUUGAAUGUAUACAUUUUUGUUCGUGCUUGUAUCAUUUUUUAUUAAUAAUAAUGGCUUCCACCAGUUAUACAUACUAAUUUUAAUAACUAGUGAAUUU